AUGGCAUGCGAUCUUGAAACGGCUCGAAUUACUUCGUUGCCCGGGGAGGCUUUCUACAUCGCGGAUUUCAUCUCGGAGGAUGAAGAGGAGUACCUACUACAGAAGGUAGCAUCAGCACCACUGCCACGCUGGACUCAUCUAUCACACCGCCGACUUCAAACCUGGCCAUCGGCCCUCACAAAAUCAAAUACCCUAUUGGAAUCAGACCUGCCCCCGUGGAUGAAAUCCCCCAUCAUCGAGCCGAGAUUCAACGCACUGGGUAUCUUCAAGAGUGCUCCACACGGCGCACCAAACCAUGUACUCAUCAAUGAAUACCAUCCAGGCCAGGGCAUCAUGCCGCACGAGGACGGGGCAGCUUACCACCCGCUCGUGGCAACAGUGAGCCUGGGAGCGCCGAUUGUGCUGGAUAUCUACGAGAAGAACGUGGACGUGAAGCACCAAGGCGGAGAACGUGAACGUGACCACGCGCAUAGCAGAAAGCCACAGUUCCGCAUUCUACAGGAGAGGCGAAGUUUACUCAUCACGAGAGAUCUGCUGUACACGGAGUUCUUGCAUGGCAUUGCAGAAACGAGCAGGGAUGAGGACUUGGGGCCUCAUUCCGUUUGUAACUGGGAUCUUUUGCGGGAGAAGGAUGUGUUUUUGAUCGGUGGGUAUGAUCGGCAGACAAGGACUAGUCUCACCUAUCGGGAUGUGUUGAAGGUUGCGAAGAUGGGGAAUACGUUGAAGUUUCUGGGUGGGAAAUGA